UUUAGAAGCCCAACUAGGUGCUGCUGCCGCGCCGCCGACCGUGCUCGCAUCCCGAUUCGCGUCGCGCUGCUCUGAUCGUGCGGUUCUCGCUGGACUAUCAACAAAUGCCAAAAUUUCGUCAAGGCGCAUAAAACCUUGGUGCCGCAACCGCGUCGUGUGAACAGUGCCCACUCCCCCCAUACGAGUCGAGUCCGGGAAGAACCCACAGAAAGCCAGCUACAUGUCCCUGUCACCCCAGCUCAAGCGGCAGAAGAUGUCCCAGGCGAAGGGGUUCGGCGACGGAGACAUCUUCAACUACCAGGAGCUGAACAUCAUCGGCACAGGUGCCUACGGGACGGUCUACAGGGCCCGCGACGUGAUCACCGGCAACAUCGUGGCGCUGAAGAAGGUCAGGAUCUCGCUGAACGACAACGGAGUGCCCAUGUCCACGCUGCGGGAGAUCUCGCUGCUGAAGCAGCUGAACGCCAGCAACCAUGCGAACAUAGUCAAACUGUUCGAAGUAUGCCAGUUCCUGGAGCGCGACGGCCAGCUGCUGAUCCUCCUGGUCUUCGAGCACCUGGAGCAGGACCUCUCGGACCUCAUCGACAGGCUGCCCAAGUCGGGCAUGUCGCCCGCCACAAUCCAGCGCCUCUCCAGGGAGCUGCUCACCGGAGUGGACUUUCUGCACUCGCAUCGCAUCAUCCACCGCGACCUGAAGCCCCAGAACCUGCUGGUCUCCUCGCAGGGCCACCUCAAGAUCGCCGACUUCGGCCUGGCCAAGACCUACGGCUCCGAGAUGAAGCUCACCUCGGUGGUGGUCACCCUCUGGUAUCGGGCCCCCGAAGUCCUGCUCGCCCAGCCCUACAACAGCACCGUGGACAUCUGGAGCGCUGCCUGCAUUAUCUUCGAGAUGUUCAACCGCCGGGCUCUGUUCCCGGGCACCUCCGAGAAGAAUCAGCUGGACCGCAUCUUCGAACUGACUGGUCGACCCACCGAGCAACAAUGGCCGCAGACCAUUUCAGUGGCCCUGGAGCACUUUCCCCAGCGGCAUCCAAAGAGACCGAAAGACUUCUGCCCGCUCCUGUGCGACUACUCCGACGAGCUACUGAAUCAAAUGCUGUCCUACGACCUGCGACUGCGACCCUCCGCCCUGGCCUGCCUGGAGCACGAGUACUUCCAGCAGGAGCCACUAUAGCCUCAAAACGUUUCCCAGAAGGAGCAGAAAGUGCACGUGGACUGACCAUCACGCCUCGCUUCGUUCUUGUUACCAUGUUCCUUUAAGUGUAGUGAAGCAUUUGUUUAUUUUUCGCGACAGUCCAGUUAUUGUGCCGGAUCCGGAUCCGGAUCCGGAUUCGGAUGCGGAUUCGGAUUCGGAAAGAAAAUACCUUAAUAUGUUUGUAGUCGUAAGCUAAGUGUGAGGAAACAUUGUCGCGUCGUAUGCAUAGUACUGCCGAUCAACUGAUAACCGCUAGAUGUGAAACGAUUCUCGGGGGCCCUUCCGAGGCCUCCCAAUCGAAAUGUGAUACACAAAGUUCAGGAAUGCACUAUACAAUUUCAAAAUUUUGUACAACAGCAACCAUUUAUAUAUGCAAUUAUAUAGCAGCGUACAUUUACAUUUCUUGUGUUUUUACUUUUCGUCUUGACGUACCUUGCAUUUUACUCGUACUGCAGGAGGAAGCGAUUUUGAGCUCCAAUUAUUUACGAUUUGUUUAGUGUAAAUUGAAAUUGAUUUUAUAAAUAAGUACUUAUCCGAAUGCUGAUAAUCGCAACUUUAUUAUAGUCCGCCCAGCCCGCACAAUCAUUUUCCAUGCACUGGAAAAAAUAGCUUGUACAAAAGCUAUUCUUUAUUUUUAUUGAGUUGUAUGAAAUCGCUGUGUACUUUAGCGAGGGCCAUGGGAUUCUUAAUAAAGCCUUAUCUCCGUCAUGAAAA